AUGGCGUCCGCGCAUCGCCGCGCGACGCGCAUCGCGUUACCGCUCGCCCUGUGCGCGCUCGCGCUCGCGCUUCCAGUUCGCGCCGCUCGUUUAUCCGCGAGCGAUCGCUCGUCGAAGGACGUCGCGCUCGGCGGUGAAUACGCCGACGGCGACGGUGGAUUCACCGAUGGAUUCGUGAGCUCGCUCGGGAUGGUGCUGGUGAGCGAGCUCGGGGACGAGACGUUCAUCAUCGCGGCGAUCAUGGCGAUGCGAAACUCUCGCGCUAUCGUGCUCGCCGGCGGCUUGAGCGCGCUGACGAUCAUGACGGUUUUGAGCGUGAUGCUCGGCCUGGUGGUGCCGCAAUUGAUUAGUAAGGAGACGGUGAGUAAGGCGGCGUUUGUGCUUUACAGUUUCUUUGGGUGUCGGUUGCUGUACAUCGCGUACAAGUCGGAGGGCGGCACGGGCGCAAUGUCGAGCGAGGUGGAGGAGGUGGAGGAGAAACUCGCAAGCGGAGCGACGGCGAGCACACGAAAUCGGUUGGCGCGAAUCGCGUCUAGAGUGUGCACGCCAGUAUUCAUCGAGGCGUUCGUCCUAAUCUUUCUCGCGGAAUGGGGCGAUAGGAGUCAAAUUACGACAAUCGCGUUGGCGACGCACAAGAAUCCCUACGGGGUCGCCAUCGGCGGCAUCUUAGGACACUGCGCGUGCACCAGUCUGGCGGUUCUCGGGGGCAGGAUUGUCGCAUUGAAGAUUUCGCCGCGCACCGUUUCGUUCGUCGGUGGCCUUCUCUUUUUCGGCUUCGCAAUUCACGCGUUGCUGUACGGGGCGCCAGGCACGGAGACGAUGUGA